AUGCAGCAGCCUUUCAGCAGCAGCAGCAGCACUGAGGGCGCGAAGCAGCAGCAGCAGCAUGGUGCUGCUGCUGAGCAGUUCCAGCAGGAAGCAGCAGCAGCUGCAGCGCAGCGGCAGGCUCUUCGGCAGCAGCAGCAGCAGCUGCAGCAGCUGCAGCAGCAGAUCGCCAGCAGCUUAAGGCAAGCGCAGCAGAGCGACGCAGCAGCAGCAGCUCGCUACACAGCAGCAGCAGCAGCAGCAGAGGAAUCCCUGGAGGCGGUUCAGGCUGCUGCUGCUGCUGCAGCACAGCGCCGGCAACAGCAGCACCGCCAGCUGCAGCAGCAGCAGCAGCAGCAGCUGUACACAGCAGCAGCAGCAGCAGCAGCAGCAGCAUACACUGAAAGAAGGAGAAGCCGCAUUCAGGUGUCUCUGGCCCUGCGGGCUCUGCAGCAGCUUUUGAGUGUACGUACAGCUCGUGCUGCAGCAGAGGCUGCUGCGCAGCAGCAGAUCUGCUGCCGCUUUGCUUCGCUCGAGCAGCAGCUGCAGCAGCGGCUGCAGCAGCAGCAGCAGCAGCAGCAGCAAGUCCUCAGGCUCCUCAGGGUGCUGCUGCAGCACGAGUCGCUGGCCCUGCAGCAGACAGAGCGUCCUGCUGCUGCGCAGCAGCAGCAGCUACAGGCAGCGCUGGCUGCUGCUGCUGCUGCUGCUGCUCCUGCUGCUGCAGCAGCCGCAACAGGACAUUCACCCGCAAAUGGCUCACCGGACCCCUCCAGCAGCAGCAGCAGCAGCAGCUGCAGCGCAGCAGAGCGCUUUGCUGCUGCUGCUGCUGCAGCAAAGCAGCAAACCGAAAGGACAAGAAGCAGCAGCAAAACUGCAAAGCUUGUGCAUGCGCUGGCGCAGUCUGUGGCUGAGGCUUUGGGGGAGUAUGUUCGGCAGCUGCGCGUUGCUGCUGCAGCAGCAGCAGAGCAGCAGCAGCAGCAGCAGCAGCAACAGCAACACAAGUACACAGACGUGCAGCGGCAGCUGCAGCAGCGCAUGUCCCCUCCGCAGUCGCCGCAGGGGCUGCUGCUGCUACUGCAGCAGCAGCAGCAGCAGCAGCAGCAGGCAACAGCCGCCGCUGCCACUGUCAGAUGGGCAGAGUAUGCAAGCGCUUGCAGAACAGCAGCAGCAGCAGCAGAGCAGCAGCAGCAGCAGUGGAACGACGCAGCAGCACAGCUGCAGCUUCGGGUAGUGCCGCAGCUAGAAGUAGCAGCAAGCAAACUCAAAACAGCAGCCCUGCUGCUGCAGCAGCUGCAGCAGCAGCAGCGGGCGUCAGCAGCACAGACAAAGACCUUGCAGCCGUCGCCUCCUGAUGCUGCUGCUGCUGCUGCUGCUGCUGCUGCAGAUGGAGGGCUCGGCUGUUCUGCUGCUGGCGCUGCUGCUGCCUGGAGCAGCAGCAGCAGCACGCGGGGCUCGGUGCCUCUAGAUGCUGAGGGGACUUCUGGGAAGCAGCAGCAGCAGCUGCAGCAGCAGCAGCAGCAGCUGCAAAUGGAGUUUCAGGAAGAGUUGCUGCUGCAGCAGGAGCCGCCGCAGCAGCACAGAGACCAGCAGUUACUCGCAGCAGAGCGGAUGCUGCAUGCAGCAGCAGCAGCAGCAGCAAAGGAAGAGGCGCAGCAGCUGCUGCUGUGCCUCACGCAGCUGCGGCUCUUGUCCACAGCAGCAAGCAAAGCUGCUGCUGCUGGCUCUGCAGAUCUGCAUGCUGUAGCUGCAGCAGCAGCAGCAGGAGCGGAGGCAGAGCAGCAGCAGCAGCAGCAGCAGCAAGCCACUGAGCUGCUUGCUGCUGCACUCGGGGUGCCAGAAGACCAAUUCGCAUGCUCCACUCCAACCGCAGCAGCAGCAGCAGCAGCAGCAGCAGCAGCAGCAAGCAGUGCAGCAGUUGCUGCCAAAGACAGCGCCUUGGAGCAGUGCAGCAGCAGCAACGGAACUCCGCCUGCAGCAGCACCGGCGUUGGCUUGGUGGCUGCAGAAGGCCAACACGCGGGCGCGGCAGCAGCAACAGCAGCAGCAACAGCAGCAGCAACAGCAGCAGCAACAGCAGCAACAGCAGGGCAGCAGACGCAGCAGCUGCUCGGAUGAGUCCUACUUGCGUGGCCCUACUUACAGCAGAAGCAGCAGCUUCGAGAGCUACGGCUUCGCAGCGAGCAGCAGCAGGCGCAGCAGCAGCAGCAGCAGCAGCAACAGCAGCAGCAGCAGCAACAGCAGCAGCAGGAGAAGCAGCAGAGGACGGCGAAGCAGCAAAAUGGACUUCUCCUCACCCCUCCAGCAGUACCCCAGCGGGCCGGCAGCAGCAGCAGAGCGAGAAGACACGCCAGCAGCAGCAGCAGCAGCAGCGUCAGCACCAGCAGCAGCAGCGCCAGCAGCAGCAGCGCCAGCAGCAGCAGCAGCAGCACCAGCAGCAGCAGCAGCAGCAGCGAGAAGUCUUGUCGUCAGCGCCAGCUCUCCUGCUCUUGUUUCGUCUUCAUCUGAGUCUGAUUGGGUGCGCGGGACAGCAGCAGCAGCAGCAGCAGCAGCAGCAGCAGCAGCAGCAGCAGGGCCUGCAGCUGCUGCUACGCUAGAGGGCGACAGCGUGUCUUUGAGAGAUUUGGACUCCCUGAAAGUCUUGAGUUUCAAUUUGGCUUCCUCAACAGAAGCCUCAACAGCUCCUGGUGCUGCUGCUGCUGCUGCUGCUGCUGCUGCUGCUGCUGCUGCUGCUCCUGUGGCCGGCAGCCGCGGCACUGCAGCGCCAGCAGCAGCAGGCCAUAAGCCGCGCAGCAGCAGCAGCAACAGCAACAGCAGCAGCUGCAGCUCGUCCCUGUCGCUGGCUGACGAGCGAGCCCCAGGCGUCGGCCUCCUGGAGCAGCAGCAGCAGCAGCAGCAGCAGCAGCAGCAGCAGCAGCAAACUGCAGCAGCAAGUGCCCAGCCCCCCCUAAGAGGAAUGUUUUCUGGCCCCUUUAUUUGGUCUUCGCGAUUUCGCAGAGAAGCGCAGCUCUCUUUGGACGGACGCCGUGCUGCAGCAGCAACGGCAAGUGCUGCUGCUGCUGCUGCUGCUGCUGCUGCUGCUGUUGCUGCUGCUGCUGCUGCGGGGUUUAGUUGCCGCUGGGGGUUGUGCGUUGGUGCGCGAGGCAGCGAAGGGUUGCUGCUUCUGCGGCAGAGUUCACAGUCGACUUUGCUGCUGUUGCUGCUGCUGCUGCUGCUGCUGCUGCUGCUGCUGCUGCUGCUGCUGCUUGUGCUGCUGCUGCUGCUGCUCAGGGCGGGCCACUGCGGUCCCUGCGAUCGGAAGGCGACAGCAGCUCUUGGUCAGCUGCUGCUGCUCCUGCUGCUGCUCCUGCUGCUGCUGCUGUUCCUGCUGCUCCUGCUGCUCCUGAGGCUCUGCGGCAAGAUGAAUUUCUUCAGAGGUAAAACCCUGCAGCAGCAGCAGCAGCAGCAGCAGCAGCAGCAGCAGCAGCAGCCGCAGAACUACUGGCAGCUUCAGUAG